AUGCAAGCGCAGCAGCUAUUCCAAGCUGAGUGCCAGCCCUUGCCGGCCCCGCUCGUACAGCCUCGCUCAGCUCGCUGCCGUCCAGUCCCCGCGCCCCCCGGCCGGACAAGCAUCCGGCCCCCGCGGCGGGCGCCAUGCUGCGGGCACGCCCCGCGCUCUGGGCUGCGGCUCUGACCGCACUGGCGUUGCUCCGCGGACCGCCGGCGGCACGAGCUGGGGCGGGCACGAUGGGCACCGGCCCAGUGGUGCGCUGCGAGCCGUGCGACGCGCGUGCCGUUGCCCAGUGCGCGCCGCCGCCCCCCUCGCCCCCGUGCGCCGAGCUGGUGCGCGAGCCGGGCUGCGGUUGCUGUCUCACGUGCGCGCUGCGAGAGGGUCAGCCUUGCGGCGUCUACACCGAGCGCUGUGGCUCCGGCCUUCGUUGCCAGCCGCCGCCUGGCGAUCCGCGCCCGCUACAAGCGUUGUUGGACGGCCGCGGGCUCUGCGCCAACGCCAGCGCCGUCGGCCGCCUGCGCCCCUACCUGCUGCCCGCGCCGUCCGCGUCAGGAAAUGGCAGUGAGUCGGAAGAAGACCACAGCAUGGGGAGCACAGAGAACCAGGCUGUCCCCAGCACACACCGGGUGCCCGUCUCCAAAUUCCACCCCGUCCACACCAAGAUGGAUGUCAUCAAGAAAGGUCAUGCCAAGGACAGCCAGCGCUACAAGGUUGACUACGAGUCUCAGAGCACAGACACCCAGAACUUCUCCUCUGAGUCCAAGCGUGAGACAGAAUACGGGCCCUGCCGCCGGGAAAUGGAAGACACGCUGAACCACCUGAAGUUCCUGAACAUGCUCAGCCCCAGGGGCAUCCACAUUCCCAACUGCGACAAGAAGGGCUUCUACAAGAAAAAGCAGUGCCGCCCUUCCAAGGGCAGGAAGCGGGGUUUCUGCUGGUGUGUGGACAAGUACGGGCAGCCCCUCCCGGGCUUCGACGUGAAGGGGAAAGGGGACGUGCACUGCUACAGCAUGGAGAGCAAGUAGACUGUGGCCACUUAAUGUGGAGCUCAAAUAUGCCUUAUUUUGCACAAAAGACUGCCAAGGACAUGAUCAGCAGCUGGCUACAGCCUCGACUUCUAUUUCUUUUUGUGGUGAAUUGAUUUUUUUUUUAAACCAAAGUUUAGAAAGAGAUGUUUGAAAUGCCUAGUUUUCUUCCACAUGGUGAACCUGGCAUCUUUCCACUUUCCAGUAGUCAGUGAAAUGCAGUUUGAUUUUUCUCGUUGCUUCCUAUAAAAAUACUUGUAAGCUCAAGCACAGUGCAGCCGUAAGCUCACGCUGCCCUGGGACCCUCCCCACCCGUUCACCGCAGCCAACCCUCCACUUCAUGCCUUAGCAACGCGUGUGGCUCAUGUAGACGCGCUUCGUCUGCACUUGUAAGAUGAGACAAGGCCUCAUCAAGAAGAGGAACGCCCUGUCCUUUAAUGCCUGCACAUCCUGACACACCCACCCGGGGCUACCGGGGCCAGGGUCCCUGGACCAAGAAGAUAUUUUGUAUCUUCAAGGGGCCUGCACUGCUUGGAAACAAGUGGAGAGAAGCAAGUGGAAUCUUGUUUGGAAAAAAAAAAAAAAAAAAUGACAAGAAUGUUCUAGGGAACUCUGGAAACCGACAAAGGCGGGGAUUUCUGACCCUUCUUUGUCAGGCAGCUUUCUGAAGACACGGGCUUUGCUGAAGCCCCAUAGGGCAAGGGGGCAGGGCGACUUGCCAGAGGCAUCACAAGUAAUAGCCUGGCUCUCCAGAUGACUGCGGAAAACAGUGUUUUCCCACUCAGCCAUUCAAGAGCAAGUUUAUUCUUGAAGAUAAGCUCCUUGAAGGCAAAAAAGGUUUCUUUUCAUCUCGCCCCUUUUGUCCUCCUUGGCACAGUAUAAAAAAUAAUCAUCCUAUAUAACCUGGAAGACAAGUGGCUUGUUGGGGAGCCGAUCAGGGACGCUGGGAGCACAGAGAAUCGCCCUUGCUUGGUGCACUUGGACUUCCUCCUUUUCUUUCUAAGUCACAAGUACACACAAAGUACCCUCUUCCUGACUGUUCACAGUGUAUACGUCAUCGUCCAAAUAUGAUAGCACCUAUACUAGAUAAUCCUAGAUGAGUUGUAAGCAUUGCUAGAGAAUAUAAACACAGCCACGACCGAGGGAGGGGGCUUGUGCACGGGGCUCGGCCACUCUCCCGGGGGCGCCCUCCCAAGUCUGCAGGAGAGCAGGGAGGGGUCCCUGGCCACCCCCCUGCAGCCUCUGGAUCCAUGCUGCACACAGCCCUCCUGGAGAACACAAAGGGAUCUCAAAGAUGUUCCGCCUACCUAUUAGCUUUCCUUUAUUUUUUUAAUUAAGUUUUUGAGGAAAAAAAAAGUAUUUUUGAAAAGUUUGUCUUGCAAUGUAUUUAUAAAUAGUAAAUAAAAUUUUUACCAUAAAGAAA